UUUGUCGUUCCUAGUUUUCCAUUUCGCGGUGAAUUGAUAUUUCAUCGAGUUCUGAAAAAGACCGAGAUCGGUAUCUCACUCUCUUGGCCUCUUUUGCCCAACUUGUUUCUCUCUCUCUCUCUCUGAGGUCCCGGUUUCCCAUUUUUCUCAAUCAACCUAAAGCAUCUUGUACUCUUCUCAGCCCUAUGUAAACUCCCCAACAGGUGCUCAAAUUUUCAAAAGCGUACCUUGUUUCCCUAAUCAACAUCCAUGACCACAAAGCCUGAAGUCGCGCCUGACUCCAGGGAAGCCACAUGUAAGGAAUCAGACUACGAUAGAGCAAAAGAGGUGAAGGAGUUUGAUGAAACGAAAGCUGGUGUCAAAGGACUCUUAGAUGCCGGUGUGGUAAAGGUCCCCAGAAUCUUCAUCCAUCCGCCAGAAAGCCUGGAAAAGGGAUUGUCUGACAACAGUGGUGUUCUCCAGGUUCCAGUGAUAGACCUUAGCGGCUUUAGAAGUCAUCCAAGAGGAGAGAUUGUCCGGGAAAUCAGAAAAGCAUCGGAAACAUGGGGAUUCUUUCAAAUGGUUAAUCAUGGAAUUCCCGAUGGUGUCAUGGAAGAGAUGAUAGAAGGGAUUAAGCAAUUCCAUGAGCAACCCAUGGAGGUAAAGAUGGAGUGGUACUCCCGCGAUGCCAAGAAACGAGUACGGUUUUACUGCAAUGGUGAUCUUCUAGUUGCAAAAACUGCAAAUUGGAGGGAUUCAAUAGUGUGUAUCUAUGACGACGGUGUGCUUGACUCUGACACAUUACCGAUAGUUUGCAGAAAAGCAAUCAGCAACUACAUGGAAGGCUUGAUCAGACUAAAGGAGACACUCUCGAAAUUACUAUCACAGGCACUAGGGCUUAGUAGUGACUACCUAACAGACCUUGAUUGCAUGAAAACCGCAUCAUUAGUAUGCCACUAUUACCCCUUCUGCCCCGAGCCAGACCUGACUCUGGGUGCGAGCAAGCACUCAGACCCGUCUUUCCUAACCAUACUCCUGCAGGACCACAUAGGUGGCCUCCAGGUUUUUCAUCAAAAUAAUUGGGUCAAUGUGGUACCCAUGAAAGGGGCCCUAAUAGCAAACAUUGGGGAUCUUAUGCAGCUUAUCACCAAUGACAAGUUCAAAAGCGUAGAGCACAGAGUACUAGCAGGACGGGUUGGACCCAGGAUAUCAGCAGCAUGUUUCUUCUACCCAAGCAUGGCUAGUAAAUCUAGACUAUAUGGGCCAAUAGAGGAGUUUUUAUCCCAAAACAAUCCACCUAUAUACAGGAAAACUCAUCACAAUGAAUAUCAAGCUUACUACAAAUCAAAAGGACUAGAAGGUACCUCAGCCCUUCUUCACUAUAAGCUAGAAUGACCCCUGGCAACUGAUGGAUCUAAAAGUACGGCAUAACUCAAUCUGCAGUCAAAAAUACUUAAAAAUCUAUAAUUGGUGUGUAAUAUUGCUGAUUACCUUAUCUUUAUGACAUUGUGUUCAGUUCUAGUUCAAUUUUCA